GUUAAGUAUAGGUUUGUUGAAAUUCAAACGUCGUAUGAUUAAUUAUGGUUUACUUCGACUCUUGAUACACACGUGUUUGUGAGGAUAUUGAGUAGACAAGACAAUACAAGAAACGAAAGAGCGAACCCUUCAGCUGCCCCGAAAUGGAUAAUAAAGCAUUUGACCCCAGCGGCGAGGAAACGUGCGUUAAAGAAAAACAUGGAAUAGACGAAGCGGAAUUUACAAAGAUAGAUACCAUGGAGACACGCCCUCAGUUCAAAAUGACCAAAUUUCAGAUAAUUAAAAAUCUGGUGGUCGUCAGCUUCGGCUUCCUGUUUCUGUUUACGUCCUUCCAGUCUCUCUCGAAUCUACAGAGCAGCCUCAACUCCAGCGAGGGCCUCGGGACUGCCGGUCUGUCUGUGAUUUACGGCGCGCUCGUGCUCUCGUGUAUGUUCCUGCCGCCGUUCGUCAUCGACGUUCUCGGUUGUAAGUGGACUGUAGCCCUUUCCAUGUUGACCUACAUCCUUUACAUGGUUGCCAACUUCUACGCGCGCUGGGGAACUAUCAUUCCGGCCGCCAUCAUACUCGGCAUCGGCGCAGCGCCCCUGUGGUCCGCAAAAUGCACCUACCUGACGGAAACGGGCUCCUGGUACGCGAAAAUGACCGGAACCACCGAUGAUGACGUCAUCAACAAAUUCUUCGGCGUAUUUUUCAUGAUUUUUCAGACAAGCCAAAUAUGGGGCAACCUUAUUUCCUCCUUGGUGUUUUACCGGGGCGUGACGAACAAGACUGACGUGUCACCGGAAGCUCUGCAAUUAUGUGGCGCCAACAACUGUCCGCACCACCAGUUUGCUAACAACUCCAACUUGGACCCCCCUGCCAUGGAACAGGUGUACAUGCUGUGCGGUAUAUACGUGGGAUUUGCCGUGAUCGGUUUCUUCAUUAUUGCCAUCUUGCUCGACCGCCUCACACUCACAAAGAACGACAUCCAGGAACCAGGGCGCCGGAAGUUAUCAUUCAGCCUCCUUCUCGACACCUUUCGGCACCUGGGAACCAGUCGUUAUCAGCAGCUGUUGAUCCCUUUGACCUUUUAUAGCGGCAUUGAGCAAGCAUUCAUUGCGAGUGAUUUUACUGCAUCUUACAUCCGUUGCUCCUUAGGGAUCUGGAACGUGGGCUACGUGAUGAUCUGCUACGGCGUCGUUGAUGCGGCCUGCUCCUUCCUGUUCGGGAGACUCGUGCAAUACGUGGGACACAUACCUUUCUUCAUUCUUGCGUUCCUAGUUCACCUGGGCUGUCAGAUCGCCUUCCUGUUAUGGAUGCCGGUACCCGGCCAGCUGGCGGUCUACUACAUCCUGGCGGCCCUCUGGGGUCUCGGGGACGCCGUCAUACAGACACAGAUCAACGCACUGUACGGCUACCUGUUUACAGAUAAGCCCGAGGCGGCGUUUGCCAACUACAGGCUAUGGGAGUCCGUUGGGUUUAUCUGCGCGUUUGCCUACAGCAGCCAUAUCUGCACAGACCGGAAGUUGUACAUCUGCAUCGGCACUCUGACACUAGGUAUGGUGGGAUAUGGAGCCGUCGAAAUCCUGCAUCGUCGCGGGAAACGAGGAAGCAUGGACGUGACAAAAUCCUAAAUGAACGUCAUUUUUGAACGCUGGGAUCGGACAGACAAAGUGUUUGUGCACUUGUUUAAAACAAAACAACUUAUUUCUAGACUGUAGAUGGAAAUUCGACGGUUUUUUCGCUUGUACAAAUAUUGCUUUCUAUUUUGUAAUGCGCUUUUUUAACAAAUAUUCAUCGCUUCCAUGGACACAAUAUGGUGGCAGCGGAAACUUUAUUUUUACAAUUUCAAACAAAUGUCACCAAAUAGGCUCGUUAUUUUGUUUUUGUUUUGCCUCACAAAGUUUACGCCGUCAGUUUGAUUUAUUUUCAAUGGCCAUUCUUCAAUUGAAGAAGUGAUGCCUAUAUUUUAGAUUUCUACAAUUGAUAUUUUGACAUGGAAUUCCUAUUGUGUGUCUUUUUAAUCUAAACAAUAAUUUUAGGUCACGUGCGGAGUUUCUAUCAUGUUUAUUUCGCUUUACCUAUUUAUCCUUAUCAGUGACGAGAGUUAUGCAUUAAGUCCCGAUUUCCCAAAGCGAUGCUAAUAUGAUUCUCAUGAAUCUAACCUUUUGUGAAUUCCAAACAUUUCCUGAUUAUGAAAAGCUAACACUUUGAA